AUGGGGACCUCGGGAGUGGAAUUUCAUUCGGCCGAGCUGGACCCUGAGAUUGUCGGCCUUGGCAAUGAUGGACAUGGCACAUCAUUCAACACUUUGACGUCUAGGCACUUUCGAAAGACAACUCCAGACAUAGAACAAGUCCUAGCUGUCCGAAUUGCUCAAGACAAGCCGUCGUCCAUCUGCACGUGA